AUGGGCUCAUCGUUUUCCGACUUUGUCGACGACAUGGCCGAGUGCGGCAGCGCCAGAGCAAAUGACGGGGGCGCCCAAUGUGGGGUCGUAACCCUGUGCCGCCGAUGGUGCACGUCGUGCGGCCUGGGAGCCUGCGGUGGCUUGGACGUUGUCACGCCAGCCGGUCAUGACACCUGCGGUACUUGCCGCUAUUGGGAUGGCGGGUUGGAGUCUAUCGACAUGGCAUUCACCAUGGCCCGUCGCCCACGCCUACCGUCCGCACAAUCACGAGCGCCGGGACAGGUACGAGCAUUGAUGAAUGGCAAGGAGCGAGUGGGCGGGACUGCGGCGGCGCAUAGGAAGGACGGCCACUUUGUAGGUGUUGCUGUAAUUACUACUUGUAUUACUUGGACUGACUUAGUGGGUGGCAUAGGCACACCUGGUACUGGUACGUGCUGCUGCCGCUGCCGUCCUGCGGUGCCUCGGACGGCCGCGGCCGAUCUGCUGCUGCCCGUCGCGCCGUCCUCCCUCCUGCACCAGCCCGAACCAGCACCGCCAGGCCCGGCCAUGCGCCUCCGCCGCCGUGCUUGGGCGCCGUCGGCCUGUUGGGCUCGCCGCAUGGCCGCAACUGUCCUGCCGGAGCGCGAGCGCGGGAAGCGUCGGCGCCUGCGUGAGGGUGUCGUCGUCGCCUUGGUGCCUUCUCCUGCUGCCGACGGCGAGUGUUGCCUCCGACGAAGCCUCCGCGUCAAGGAAUGCACUCUCGUCGAGCCCGUGCUGUCGCUCUCGUACCCUGUCGCCUCCCCUUCGAGCGCUGCUGGCCCGCGCCGGACGGAGCCAUCGGCGCUCCCAUGGGUCCCAUGGGGCACCAAGCCGGCACCUCCCCACUGA